UUACAAAUUAAAGGUUUGUGACCGUUUAAUACUAAGUGCAAAGAUUUGUUACCAUUUAUGCUAAUUACCCAUUCUCAAAUUACACCUACCCAUUUAACCUUAAACAACUGAAUUAAUUGAUUCAACUCCUUUAGAUAAGUUUGAUGGUCUUGCUCACGUUAUACCUAUCAGCAUGAUCAUAAAACUCACCCAGCGGGCAAAAUGUUAAUUUUGUUAUUUUUUGUAGUUUAUGAGUUUAUUUUGGGGUUAAGUAUUUGAAAAACCAAUAAAUGAAUUAAGUACAUUUAAGUAAAUUUAACUUAGUUAAAAGUGAAUUUUAGAAUGACAAAUAGCAAUACUCAUAGAUUCUGCUGUUAGAUUAUCAAGGACAGACACCGGAAAAAGGGAAUUAGGGCUCAUCGUCUUCGUCUCUUGCGAAUUCCGGCGCAAGCUAGAAUUAAUAAUGAAGGCGCUGAACGAGUCCGAUGCCGAUAGAAUCAGCAGCCUUCCUGACGACGUGAUACAGCGCAUCGUCGCUUUCUUACCCGUAAAAGAUGGAGCGAAAACAGCUACACUGUCGAAACAAUGGCGGCACAACUGGGGAGCAACUGCUAAGCUCGUGUUCAAUGGCGGUUUCUGUCAAAUCUCAGCGGUGGAAGACUAUGUGCUCAAGGCUAGUAAGCUAAUGUCGGAGAUUUACAAAGCUCUGCUCCUUCAUGAAGGACCCAUAACCGAAUUGGUGCUUGAAAUCCCUGGAUUAAGGCCUUGUACUGACAUGGAUCUCAUGAUGCUCUUCGUUUCCAAGAAGAGCGUCCAGAAACUCACCCUUUCCUUCUAUGAGAAGCGAGCACUUGAGGAUAAGAUUUCUUCUGCCUUGUUUACUGCUCGCCAACUGAGCUACCUGAGACUGCGGAACUGUGAAUUCACAGCGCCAUCUUGGUUUCUGGGUUUCAGUAAGCUUGCCCGUCUUGAUUUAUAUGGAGUACAUGUUCCCUCUCCAUCUAAUUUCUGUGAAGAUUUCCUUCCCAAGUGUCCGGUUCUCCAACACUUGAUAUUCGUUAUUCAGGGCUCAGACUCUCGUAAGGCUGAAUUGGUAUCUCCUUGUCUCAAAGUAUUUGAGUCCAAUCUUUGGAAUAUCUGCUUCAAGCACACCCCGUUUCUUUCAACGGUCAGGAUCGAAUUGCUGGAUGUGUACGAGAACGAUAAACUAAGCAAGUAUCGUGCAUAUGACCCAGAUAUUGCAGCUGCAUUCUCUUCUCUCCCUGCAAUCGAGAAGUUAAUUAUCGGCGGACAAUGGAUGGGAUUCCUUGCCUCAGGUAAAGUCCCAUCCAAGCUUCCUACAUAUCUUCAUCAACUGAAAGACCUCGAACUAGGCGACAUCCUAUUGUAUCGUUUGUCGGAAGCACGUGUUCUUAUUUGCCUAAUCGCGAGUUCCCCCAACUUGCGCAAGCUCACCGUUGUGUGUAAUUGUAUCCACGCCAGCCUUCCCAAGAAGAGAACUAUUGACAUCUUGCAGCUGUUGGAAGAACACGACCAUCCUACUGCAAGUUGUUUUCAGUGCCUGGAAGAGAUGAGUAUUUCUGAUGUCCUGGGUAUGCAGGUUGAAUUGAACUUGUUGAGGUUUGUAUUAGCUACCGCCCCACAACUUCGUAGGAUCUUCAUUAAGCCUGAUGGUAAAAUGGACCCUAGAAAGGGCCACAAAUUCUUCAAGGAGGUUACGCGCUUUAAGCGUGUUUCCAGAGAAGCAGAGGUAAUCUAUGUUUCUAAGGAUGAAAACUGAUGCUCGAUCUGUAGCUUUACUCUUCAAGCCUUUUGGCUCAUCUUCUUAGUUCUCUCACUUCAUCGAGGUUUUCUGGUCAGGAAUUUUUUUUUCUGUAAUUGAUGCGAGGUUGUUUGAUCUAAGAUUAGUUUGGUAUAUGGUGGGCUUUUGUUCCCCUCAAGAUGUUGCUUGUUCGUACUACUUUCAGUACACUUAAUAAUCUUGUCAUCUUUGU